AGACGUGGGUGGGUGCGAUUGGGGGGCCUGAUGGACUGGAGAUGCUGGGGGUUGGGGAACGGCGAGGAUGCCGCAGGACGGCGACGGUGGGGAGAUACAGUGGUCGGUGACGGGAGGCGCGGAUGUUGGAACGGUGCCGACGGCUUGGGUUAUCGGGCCGUAUGGACCUGGGGUGGGAGUACGCUUGCGAAGUGUAGUGUAGUGGGAUGACAAAGUCUCCAUUCGGUGCUCUCGGUCGCGCGCUCUCGUUCCACCGAAAAGCGCCGCAGGAGCCGAAAUUUUGUCAGCAUGUCGCCGGAAAAGCCGGCCGAUAUCGUGAGCAUGAACGAGGGUUUCCGAGCUUCUUCACAUCUGCCGACUACUCGCCUCGAUGCAGGCACCGCUGCGCAUGUCCAGUCGACGACUUCUCUUGGCCGCACAUGUGCUCUAGUCGCAGCGAUGCUACGACUAUCAGGCGGCCCAGCUACAACUCGCAAGCUAGCAGCGUGCAGCAGCUCGAACAUCGACAGCCAUAGGCCACCCGGCGUCCGACGCGAGGUGAAGGGACCCAUUUCCUUGUUGCGAGACCCAUUUCCUUGUUGCGAGACCCAUUUCCUUGUUGCGAGACCCAUUUCCUUGUUGCGAGACCCAUCUCAACAUCCCAGACAGACGGGAAGAGUAGAGAACCAACACACUUGCUGCGGCAAGUGCGCGCGAAACGGAGUUCCGACUGCUGGUGUCGCUCUCGACGAUGGGAUGCUCGAUUGGGGAUUCGCUGAGCCGAUGCGGGACCCAAAAAACGCCUGGAACUUAUGCCAACCCGUUUACGCCACAACGCCCCGCAUGGAGCCCCACGAGGAUAAAUUUACUGGCAUUCGAGGGGCCUGCAAGUCGGUAUUCAACCGCAGCCGGGGCAAUUCAUUCGCACUGUUUCGUGCGAGUCCAAGAGGGAGGGGGCACAGCAGGGAAGCUUGAAACUGGGGACCUAUUUCGACACCCUUUGCUGAGCUCAACAUGGCGUGGCCGAAGCAAGCCGUCGGGAAACCAGUUCAUGUUCCGAAGGCUUCUUGAGUGCUAUAUUGUCCUGAUUAGGCAAACCUCUUUUAGCGACUUCUACCGACCUUCGAGAAGGGAAGUAGGUACGAGUGGCUUGCGGGGUGGCUGGGAUGAAUAAUCCGCGUGCGGGCGCAGGUGCUGAUUCUCGAAAGGGCCGGUUGAAAAGGCGGUCUCCGGACCCGUUAUGCCCGCUGCUGGCGUCGCAUAGAAACGGUAUACCUAGGUACCAUAACGGUGCAGGGUACAGCGGA